CUGGUUCCAAGACGCGGUGCGGAAGCCGUUGACCCAGAAGACACCAGCCUCGUUGAAUUGUAUAGAGUUCAUGCUGACAGCGCUGAGCGGGCGGCAGCUUUUCGCGGUACACUACGCAGAGCUGGUGGCUCAGGUAGUAGCUUCAAUUCCGGUACACUAACGAACAAUUCAAACAUAACACCGGUCAGCCAAUCGUACUACCUCAUGUGUAGUAUGAGAGACUUCGGUCACACGGCUGGUGGUGAUGAAGCGGAACUACUACUUUGGCUCCACGACGCUAGACGAGCUCAGCCACUCUCAGAAAGAUUCAGAGUUAGAAUAGCAAGGGAUGGAUUCUCCAAUUACGUGGAUAGACUACACGCUAAUAGCACCCUUUUCUCCGAUUUAUCAAGUACGGAUCUUUCUCGGGAGCUGUGGUUGGUGGCGUGGGUUGUUCGUGUAGGUAGAUGGUCGGGGGCUGGUGGAACGGGAGAGAGACGAGGACCUGUGGCUAGAAGACCAUUAGGUGCAGGGGUCCUCAACCUUUCUGAGUUCCUCAAACAGACAGAACAACAUACUAUUGAAAAGGAGUACACUUUUAAGGUUUACCAAAGCGAAGAAAAAGAUUUCCAUCAGCUACAUGAGAUGUUGAUAAGGAAACAGACAAAUAAGUGCAAUAUUUUGCCUGGACAACCAAAUUACGGCAUCGUAGUAGCGCUGCGUCUCUUAACAAAUACCGGCAGUAUAUCCGAAGCUGUGGCCUCCGGGGCGACUGUGACAGCUAAGCGGGGAUUCCCCGACGUCAUAAUGCCGGGGGAUGUCCGGAACGACCUCUAUCUGACCUUGGAGAGGGCUGAAUUUGAGAGAGGGGGUAAAAGUACGGCGAAGAACGUCCUCGCUACAGUUAGUGUGUACGAUAGUUCCGGACAAGUGAUCAACGAUUGUGUGUGGGGUGCAAGUGGUACAGGCAGUACGUGGUACGAAUCACUAGUGUUGUACCACAACAAUAGUCCAGCGUGGGGCGAACAGUUGCGACUCACUGUACCUUUGGAUACAUUCACACACGCGCACGUCAGGAUCGAGUUUAGACACUGUUCAACACGUGAUAAAAGCGAACGUAAGCUGUUUGGUUUCUCGUUCGCCCGUCUGAUGGAGCCGAGCGGCGCCACGCUCAGAGACGCCGCCCACGACCUCUAUGUGUACAAGUGUGAUGACGCUAACAAACUCGCGACAGCAAGUUACCUCUCCCUACCGUCGUGCGCGAGCGACGCGACUCGAUCAAACACAAACGGUGUACUGGCUACAUUCCAACGAAGUACGAAGGAGAAUUGUAUAAUAAGUACAGUACUUUGCUCCACGAAGCUAACACAAAAUGAGGAUCUUCUAGCUUUAUUACAAUGGCGUGCUCGGCCGGAGAAGGUCCAGGAGACCUUACUGCGUGUGUUGCGUCUCGGCGACGGACUCAGCUGUGAAGAACUCAUCAAGUUCCUUAGAGAUGUAUUAGACGCGCUUUUCGCUCUGUUCUCUACUGAGGAUGGCAAUAGCACACCUCACUCAGGAACUGUGUUCCUAGUACUGGUUUCUAUCUGCAGUCUGCUUGAUGAAAGUCGCUUCCAACACUUUAGACCGGUCCUGGAUGUGUAUAUAGAAGAACACUUCUCCGCUGCCUUGGUCUAUAAGGGUCUACUAUCAUCGGUUCAACAUUGUGCUGAAUGGGCGGCUGGUGCGGAAGGUCAAGAGCCAAUACGCAAGUGUCUUCGUUCACUGGGCGCCGUGUUCCGUCUAGCGGUCAGAUCCCGCUGUCUGUUCGCUCGAGCCACCGGUGGACAAUAUGAAGAUAGCUUUAGACGGGAUGUUCGUGCAGCGCUGCAUGCGCUUAAAGCAUUAGCUCAGCAUCCGCAUAGAGAACAUCUAGCGCCCGCACAGAUCGCACUGAUGACGUCAUGGGCUAGCGUGGCAAAGGAAGUGGCGUCGGCUUUGGGUCCUGUGGAGGCCGGGCGUAUAACCGCAGCGAUGUUGGAUGCGCCUGCAGCGAAUGCUCCACCAGCGUUGGCUAAGGCUCGACUUGCAGCAGCUCAGGAGAUAUUGAGAGGACCUCUGGGACAGGAUCCUGAGGCUCGAAACAUUGUUUUGACAACGGCGUGUCAUCAUCUCCGAGUGCAUCUAGCUCGUAGGGAUGAAUUGACUCAGUGCGCGGAUAUGUUAGGAGAGUUAGUUACGUUGUUGUGGAAGAAGGAAGAUCCGGACGCGCCCGUGGAUGAGGACGAACUGGACCCCGACGUUGACGUGCUCUGCUUAAAUACCCUGGACGUACUGGUCGAAACGGUGUUGCAUCUGAUUGGUGGAAAUUCGCCUGUGCUGGGUUCAAUGGUAGCUGGUCUUCUAGGAGUAAUGGAACUUCUAAAACCAGCUCACUAUCAGCGUCUAUGGAGUCACUUGGCCCCACACCCUCACGACAGAAAGCCUUUAAAAGAUUUUCUUAUGAGAGCCUUCCUUGUAUUUAGACAUUUAAUAGAACAAGAGGUGUUUCCAUCUGACUGGAUGGUAUUGAGAGUUCAGAGCUGCAAGGUGCUAUUGUCUGCAUUACAAGAUUUGGCAAAACCGUUGUUAGAAAGAUUCUUGGGCGAUGAACCUCCACAAUUUGACUCUCAACUAUGGGCGGGUUACUUGGAGCUGGGUGUGUCGCUAGUGACAGCGAGUGCGCUUCAGGCGGAGCGUUGGGCUCGAGGACCGCAACGAGCGGCUAUGAGGGCCGCCGCCGCCUUACACCUACUCGCCGUCUGGACCAGACUCGGUGCUGCCCAGCUACAGCUGAUCGGUCCAGCGGUAGGCGCGUUAUUAGAGGUGACAUUAGUUCCAGAGCUACGUAGGGCUGCCCUCGGCGCUUUAGUGAGUCUCAUGGCCGCUGAGCGAGCAGCUACAGGCUCAGCUAGAAAGACAGAAGCAGCCCUAGUUGAUAAACUAGACUCACUAGUAGCUGACAACAAAGCUGAUGAUCAUUAUCGACGACUGUUUGACACUGUGGAGCAUUUGAGUUCUGUGUUAAUGGAGCGUGUAUCGACUGAGGGUUGGCGCGAGGCGGGCGCUGCUUUCGUGGGUUGCGUAACCAGAUUAUUGGAGAGACUCUUGGACUACCGCGCGGUCAUGCAAGGAGCGGAACAUAGAGAUAAGAGGAUGGCUGCCACUGUUAACUUGCUUAAUUUCUACAAAAACGAGAUCGAUCGUAAGGAGAUGUAUCUACGUUACGUGUACAAGUUACACGACUUACACAUCGCCUCUGACAACUGGGUGGAGGCGGGGUGUACACUAUUGUUGUACGCAGAAACAUUAAGUUGGGAGAGCGAUCAAAUGGGCGUUGACCCCGAACAUCCAGAUACAGUGGAGUGGAAACGGAAAGAGGCGCUCUACAACCAGGUGUUACAGUACUUUGAUAGAGGGAAGUGCUGGGAGAAAGGCUUGCCUCUACUACGUGAACUUAGCACGCUAUACGAAGUGAGAUGCGACUACGCGCGUCUGUCUCACGUGCUUCGAACUCACGCUAACUUUCUAGACGCCGUGCUCGAACAACUGAGACCCGAGCCGGAGUACUUCAGAGUUGGGUUCUACGGGAAGGGAUGUCCGCUGUUUGUUAGGAAUAAGCAGUUCGUGUAUCGCGGCCAGGACUAUGAACGUAUCGGUGCGUUCACACAACGUUUGCAAGCGGAGUACGUGGCGGCUCACAUCCUCAUGAGGAACACACCGCCAGAUGACUCUGUCAUCGCUGCUGACGGACAGUAUAUCCAAAUCUGUAACGUAAAACCCGUGUCAUCUCGCCGUACAUGGCCGGCGGGCGUGCCGGAGCCAGUACGCAGGUUCUACGUGUGUAACGACGUGGACACAUUCCUAUGUGACCGACCGUUACAUAAACCACCCAUAGAUAAAGAUAACGAAUUCAAGAGUUUAUGGAUCGAGCGUACAACACUAGUGACGGAGAAUACUCUACCAGGAAUAUUGAGGUGGUCGGAAGUUAUAUCAAGAUCAGUUGAAGAAAUACCACCUGUUGAAUUCGCCUGCGAAACAAUGGAAGCUACGGAGCGUGAACUACGUUCACUCAUAACUCAAUACACGGCGGAUCCAACGCAGAAUCUGAACCCGUUCUCAAUGAGGCUUCAAGGGACGAUCGACGCUAAUGUACAAGGCGGGAUCACCAAGUAUGAACAGGCGUUCCUAACACCUGAGUUCAGUAGAAACGCAACACCAAGAGAAGCAGCCGCGGCGGCCAAGUUACGAAGACUCGUGUCCUCACAGCUGGCGGUCGUUGAGGCGGGUCUCACUUUACAUGGUCGAUUAGCUCCAGAGGAUGUGAAGCCGUUGCACAGACGUCUGGUAGAACGUUUUACCCAAUUAAGGCAGAAUUUGGGACCGGGUCUAGCACGAGCCAGACGUCAGCUAUCUGAAAGCAUUGUGAACACUCCUUUGCCACCGGUUCCUGCGUUGGAUAAGAGGUCACAUAGUAUUCAACAAAACGACGGCUAUUAUGAGGAAGGACAUCUAUACAAUAAGCCAAUUUAUUCAAUAGAGGAUGCGAUAGAGCAGCAGAGCGUUAUAAUGUCUUGCAGUCUCCCGUCAGCUGACAACCGUGACAGUGAGGAGUCUAUGAUCAAGUCAGCGCCGCCGCUACCGUGUAGACCCAAGUCUGGGGACCCGCGGAGCCCUACUAGACCUUUGGAGAAAUAUCGAGAGGAGGAGGUUGAAGCUCGUCGUCACAGUCGCGUCAGUUGGAGUGAGCCGGCCGACGCGCCGCCGCUACCGCCGAGAGUAUCGGGCGGUGACAAGCGUUGGGGCGAAGCGCCCGCGGUCCCUCGUCGUGGCAGAACAGAUGAACGUGAUUCAGGAGUCAGUGUGGACCAUCACUACUCUAACGCGGACCACAGCGCUGAACACGAUUUGGAGCUAGUCGAGUCUCUGCGAUAUGAGGAGAUAAUAUCAAUGAUGUCUGAACCACUUCAAGUGGACGAAAGUGAAACACCACCGCCCAUACCACCGAAAGGAUUGGGGCAUUUAAGCAGCUUCGACUCCGGACAUCAUGAAAACGGGGAGUCGCAUUGUUAA